GUCGUGAGUGGUCUCCGAGUGAGCAUUCGUGUCGUGCCUUGCGAGCCUCAAACCCAGCAGCUGGUAGUGUUUAACGUCUUGUUUCGAGCGUUUCAACGGUAACAAGUAAAAAGAACGAGGAUGGAUCCGCUGGUAGCUGCUAUUGACCAGGGCACGAGCUCGACAAGGUUUCUGGUGUUCAAUGCAAAAACAGCUGAACUGAUGAGUCACCACCAAGUAGAGAUCAACCAGAGUUUCCCCAAGGAGGGCUGGGUGGAGGAGGACCCCAAAGAGAUAAUGCAGUCUGUGUAUGAGUGCAUGGAGAGGACCUGUGACAAACUCUGCCAGCUCAACAUCGACAUUUCCAACAUAAAAGCGGUGGGAGUGACCAAUCAGAGAGAGACGACCCUAGUUUGGGACAAGGUGACCGGAGAGCCACUCUACAACGCUAUUGUUUGGUUGGACCUGCGCACACAGUCAACAGUGGAGUCUCUCAUCGACAAAGCGCCAGGCCAAAACAAGAACCACCUCAAGCACAAGACAGGCCUUCCCAUCAGUACCUACUUCAGUGCAGUGAAGCUGCGUUGGCUGCUGGACAAUGUGGAUAAAGUGCGAGAGGCAGUACGGAAUGAGCGCGCCAUGUUUGGCACAGUGGACUCCUGGAUCAUCUGGUGCCUGACAGGGGGAAAGAAUGGAGGGGUCCACUGUACAGAUGUCUCAAAUGCUAGUCGCACCAUGCUCUUCAACAUUCACAGCAUGGACUGGGAUCCUGAACUCUGCAGGUACUUUGAUGUCCCGAUGGAAAUCCUCCCCAAAGUCAGGAGCUCCUCUGAAAUAUACGGCUGUAUGAAAUCCGGCUCUCUUGCAGGAGUUCCAAUCUCUGGGUGUCUCGGUGACCAGUCAGCUGCCCUGGUUGGUCAGAUGUGUUUCCAGGAAGGCCAGGCCAAAAACACGUACGGGACGGGUUGCUUCCUGCUCAGAAAUACAGGGACCAAGCCUGUGAUGUCAGACCACGGCCUGCUGACCACAGUUGCCUACAAACUGGGGAAAGACGAGCCUGCUUGCUAUGCGCUGGAGGGUUCAGUAGCCAUCGCAGGAGCUGUGGUGCGGUGGCUGAAGGACAAUAUGGGCAUCGUGCAGUCCUCCUCAGAGAUUGAGAAGCUAGCAGCUGCUGCAGGCACUUCUUACGGCUGUUACUUUGUGCCGGCUUUCUCAGGACUCUAUGCCCCCUACUGGGAGCCCAGUGCAAGAGGCAUCAUCUGUGGGCUCACUCAGUUCACCAACAGGAACCAUUUGGCCUUUGCUGCUCUUGAGGCCGUCUGCUUUCAGACCAGAGAGAUCCUUGAUGCGAUGAACCAGGACAGCGGCAUCCCUCUGACGCAGCUACAGGUGGAUGGAGGCAUGACGUCCAACAGGUUACUGAUGCAGCUGCAGGCAGACAUACUCUGCAUUCCCGUAGUGCGACCCAGCAUGUCGGAGACCACAGCUCUGGGUGCAGCCAUGGCAGCAGGAGCAGCAGAGGGGGUGGGCGUGUGGAGCCUGAGACCCAGUCAUCUCCCACACAUCACAUCUGAGAAAUAUGAACCUCAGAUUAACUGUGACGAGAGUGAGUUCCGCUUUGCUCGGUGGAAGAAAGCUGUUCAGAGAUCCAUGAACUGGGAGACCACAGAGCCAUGCUGCAAUACUAACGGUUUAGGAAAGAAGAUGAACGGCACCCCCUGGGGGGUUCCUCUCACCCCUCCCCCCACCAGAGCAGACCCCUAAGAUCACCAGCCGUGACUGCCGUGUAAGACCUGCAUGGGGACAUGGAACCUACUAUGGAACAAGACUGGAAGAGGAAAUGUGCUCACUUGACUGCUGUGUGAUGAGAUAUGCAGUCAUUCUGAGGGACACACAGCCCUGCUAGUAGUAAUAUAGCUGUGACAUGACUAAAAACAGUUCACCAACCUCAAGUGCCAGCCAGAAUGAAGACUGACACGAACUGUGGAGCUUUUUGAAGCGACUAUGGAACCAUUCUUGAUGGGAGUUUCUUUCAUCUGCCUUUUCUGAAAAGGGGAAGGUGUUCUUAAUUGCCUUUUUAACUUUUACAGUAAAGCAUAGGAAAACUCAGGUGUUUGUAGGACAGUCGCACUAUUGUACCUCAUUACUGAAACAAAAGGUGAUACUGUAAUGUUUUUUUUUUUUUUUUUUUAACUGUAUGUUCUGUAAAUUUGGUGUGUACUUUUUUACUCCUCAACUCUGGGAUGAAUGAGAGAAGUAGGACUAAUUCAGUUCUUGAAAAAUGUUACUGGUCAGCUUACGUCCUGUUUAAGUGGGGUUUGCUCUUGGAGCAACUAAAGAUGAGUGAGACACUUUGUCCUUAGAGUUACUUCAACUUCUUUGGAUUGAGUUGGAAAAGUGCUAAUAUGUUUUAACAGGUUUCCUGUUGCAUUCAGUUCUGACAUCAGGCGGACACUUUGCAGGCUCUCAACAGCACUUUAUAUUUAUCCAGUGUAUGGAGAGGGUGAUUUUGGGAGCAUUGCAGGUUUUUUUAAAAGGGAAUGUAGUGUUUUUAACUAGAUUGUUUUUAGGAAUGGAAGUUCAUCAUGGCUUAGUCAGUGCUAACACUAAAGGGAAACCCCCAUACAAUCCAUUUAGUAAAUCAAAGCAUCAAAUCAUUUUGAUUUUGUCAUAACAAUUUUACACUGAGUCAGUGGUAUGUGAGCACAUGCCUAAGACAGUGCCAUCAUGCACGUUCAGUGAGAAAAAUCUUUUAAGCUCACUUUAAUUUAGAAUGAGUCAUUUGUGGUAAAGUACUAUAUUUAAUAAGUCUGUAAAUCUGGCACAGUGUGCUUAUCAAAUGUCUUCCAACAAAGUUUUUUUUUGAAUGCAUGUAUGCCCAAGUCUGUGAUAUUGAAAUUAUGAGUUUACAGAUACCAAAUAUGCAAUUGUGUGCCUUGUGUCUGAGAUUCAACCAUUUUAUCAUGAGACUAAAUAUAGUACAAUAUGAAAAACUCA